UCAUACUGCAACCCUGCUAAACUCGAGCAAAGUUCUUGUUACUGCUGGUGACACAGGAUCGUCGCCUACUGCUGCUUGUGAAAUAUAUGAUCCAUCAACGAGUCUAUGGACCAUUACUGCAAACAUGACAACAACACUCGAAUAUCAUACUGCAACCCUGCUAAAUUCGGGCAAAGUUCUUGUCACUGGUGGUUUCACACAAGCGCCGUCUACUGCUUCUUGUGAACUAUAUGAUCCAUCAACGAGCCAAUGGAACACUACCGCAAGCAUGGCAAUACCACACUAUUCUCAUACUGCAACCCUGCUAAAUUCGGGCAAAGUUCUUGUCACUGGUGGUUAUGGCAUAUCGCCGUCUACUGCUACUUGUGAAAUAUUUGAUCCAUCAACGAGCCUAUGGACCACUACUGCAAACAUGACAACAGCACGCUAUUCUCAUACUGCAACCCUGCUAAAUUCGGGCGAAGUUCUUGUCACUGGUGGUUACACAGGAUCGUCGGCUAUUGCUACUUGUGAAAAGUAUUAUAUGUGA